AUGCGCGGUGGCGACGACGCGGACGACGACGCGCUCGACGACGCGCUCGAUGACGCGGAGACGGUGGUGAUGUCGCAGGCGGAGGUGAAACGAGCGAACAUUCGAGCCAUGGUGGAGGGGACGUUGGUCGUCUCCGUGGGCGCGUUCGCCGAUGGUUUGCUCGUGCGCGAUCCGCGCGUGGUGCUGAAACGGGCGUUUAAGUCACCGUUCCCGAACGCGCCGGAUCGAAGCGCUGAGUUAGUGCGGAGGUUGGCGGCGCGUCGGGUGUUCGUGCCGUGGGGGUCAAAGGCGAGCGACGUCGCGGCGGCGAUGCCGAAACCGACGACGACGCUCGAGGAGCACAUCGAGCUUCCAGAGGGGAUUGAGGAUUUGACCCUAUGGGUGCCGGGAGAGGGCGAGCGAGGAGAGAGCGGGGAGGCGGUGGCGGCGACGACGACGACGCAUCCGAACGCGAAACCGAUCGUUGUUGAUCGGAUGCUCACGAGAUGGUUGCGGCCGCACCAACGCGAGGGGGUUCAAUUCAUGUUCGAGUGCGUGAUGGGUUUGCGCGAUUUCGACGGUACUGGGUGCAUCUUGGCGGACGAUAUGGGUCUCGGUAAGACGUUGCAGGGAAUCACACUUCUUUGGACGCUGCUCAAGCAGGGUUUCGACGGCGCGCCCGCCGUGAAGCGCGCGCUAAUCGUGUGCCCGACGUCGCUGGUGUCAAACUGGGACGACGAGUGCAACAAGUGGCUGAAAGGUCGCGUGAAGACGCUUCCCAUCUGCGACUCCACGCGCGCCGAGGUGGUGAGCUCGAUCAAAAUGUUUCUAGCUCCAAGGCACGUCGCGCAGGUCAUGAUUGUUAGCUACGAGACUUUCAGAAUUCACUCGGAACGUUUCAACUUUGACGGAGCCGUGGAUUUGAUAAUGUGUGACGAGGCGCAUCGUCUGAAAAAUGGCGAAACGCUCACGAACAAAGCGUUGUGUGCCGUCCCGUGUCUGCGGCGAGUGAUGUUGAGCGGGACGCCGAUGCAAAAUCAUUUGGAUGAAUUUUACGCCAUGGUGAGCUUCUGUAACCCAGGAUUGUUGGGCACCCCGUCAGAGUUUUCGAAAAAGUACGAGCGACCAAUCUUAGCCGGUCGCGAGCCCUAUGCGACGGAGAAGGAGCUCGAGAGGGCACAAAUGGCGAAUACCGAUUUAUCUGAGCUGGUGAACAAAUUCAUCCUGCGCCGUACGAACACCAUUCUCAGUAAGCACUUGCCACCGAAAGUGGUCGAGGUGGUCUGCUGCAAGCUCUCGCCGCUUCAGCAAGCGCUGUACGAACACUUUCUCACCUCCAAGGCGGCGACACAGGCUCUGACUGGGAAAGCGACGGCAGUUUUACCCGCCAUCAACGCUCUGAAAAAGCUAGUCAACCAUCCGAAACUGAUUUUCGACAUGAUCAACGGCGCAAAGAACACGGGCUCGGCGGCGGCGAACGGGUUCAAUACGUGCGCUGAAUUCUUCGAACCGGGCAUGUACGGCGGUGGCACAAGUCGUCGCGGUGGUGGCCGUAUGUGUCCUGGUUGGGAGGAGCAUAGUGGAAAGUUCGCCGUCCUCGCUCGGCUUUUGGCCAACUUGCGAUCGGAGACGAAGGAUCGCAUCGUCAUCAUUUCCAACUACACCCAGACGCUGGAUUUGAUCGCUCAAAUGUGCAUAGAAAGACAUUAUCCAUUUGUUCGUCUCGAUGGAGGCACGACGAUCGGUAAGCGACAGAAGCUCGUCAAGGAGUUUAACGAUCCGACGAGCAAUUCUUUCGUGUUUCUUCUCUCUUCCAAGGCGGGCGGCUGCGGCAUCAACCUCAUCGGUGGUAAUCGACUCGUGUUGUUUGAUCCCGACUGGAAUCCGGCGAACGACAAACAAGCCGCCGCGCGAUGCUGGAGAGACGGUCAAAAGAAGAAAUGUUAUCUCUACCGUUUCUUAGCGGCCGGUACAAUCGAAGAAAAAGUGUUCCAGCGCCAGUUAUCAAAGGAAAGUUUGCAGAACGUCGUCAACGGCUCUGGCGAACUUGAACAAGCUGUCAUGUCGACGGAUGAGCUUAGAAAGCUCUUCUCUCUGGACUGCACGACGUGUUCAGACACGCACGAUACGUGCGGGUGCAAGCGCUGCCCCAAGAGGGAAGGCAACGAUCUGAUGCUCGAUGAAGACGAGGAAUACAAAUUUUGGGAAGAGCAAAUUGAUGAGGCGGAUGAGCAAAAGCUCGACGAGUGGGCGCAUCACCAUCGCAUUGACAAGGUUCCGGACGACAUUUUAAAGAAGUCCGCGGGAGAUGACGUCUCGUUCGUGUUCUCGCUCAAGGUUGAGGGAUGUGCGAUCGCGGAAAAAGAACAGCCACCCACGGCAAAACCAGAAGAGUCAAAGUCAAAGUCACCUUUGAAGACCACCGCGACAGAUUCGCUUCGUUCUGCGGUGUCGAUGAAUCGACCGUCUACGUUUGUACCACCUUCACGACGUCCACUCGCGCCAAGAGUCGCGCCACAGGCAACCGUGACAGCGUAUCACAAGCCGACGAUGAUGGCCGCAAAGCCGUUACCAAAGUUGCCCGCGCGAAACGCCACGAAGCCCGCCGCAAAACUUGGACGUAAGAAGAAGGUCGAGAGCGAAUCCGAGUUGGAUGAUCAAUCAGAGGACGAGGAGUCCGAAGAAGAAGAAUCUGAGGAGGACGAGUCUGCAGAAGACGAACCUGCCGACACCGAAGAGGAAGACGAGGCGGUGCCCGAUUCUGAAGACGAAGACGUGGGCGACACUUCGGUGGGAAAGACCGCGGCGAGUAAACGUCCGGGUGGGUCCGGUCGCGAGAGCAUGACUCGGUCGAAAGCACCACGGAUGUCUUCAUUUAGUGCCUCGUUAAGUGGCUGCAUCGGCAUCGUUCCUCCUUCGCCCAGCGAUGAGUCCGAGGGAUACUAA